AUGGCGAUCAACGGCACUAAAAGAAGAAAAUUGGCUCACGACUCCUCGGACGACGAGGCGCAAGCCACGGCAUCCAGGAAUGUCCAGAAAGACUUCUUCAAGCAGGCGUCAAACUGGGACCUCGAAGACGAUUACGCAAACCGCCGCCGCAAGAGCAAGAAGGCCGACAAGGAGAGCACCAAGCUGCCAAUCAAGACGGCCGACGGCCGAUUAGAGAUUCUCCGCGAGCUCGAGAAGGAGGAGGACCUGGUAUCUGUUGAGAGCGACACGGAAUGGCUCGAGGGCCGGGAGGACGAUAUCGAGUCAGAAGUCGAGGAGGAGGUGCAAGAGGAGGCGCCCACCGUCUCUGAGGCUCAGCAGAUACGAGAGGCACAGGAAGAGCUGGCCAAGCUGGCCACAUCGCUCAAUGAGAACCCUGAGGAACAUGUCGGCUCGCUCAAGACCAUCGCUGCCAUUGGCGAGUCGCAGAUCCCUGCCAUCCAGAUGCUGGCUCUCAUGACGCAGAUGUCAGUUUAUAAAGACAUCAUCCCCGGAUACCGCAUCAGACCUGCCACCGAAAACGACCCAACAGAAAAGGUCUCCAAGGAUGUGCGCACGCUGCGACAAUUCGAGCAGGCCUUGGUCCUUGGCUAUCAAAACUACGUAAAGGAGCUGGCCCGGUGCGCCAAGCUAGACACAAAUCCCGUCAAGGGAGGGCAAAAUGUUGCGGGCAUUGCCAUCACAUGUGCCUGCACCCUGAUAGCUGCGGUUCCGCACUUCAACUUCCGUGCCGACCUCUUGCGCAUCUUGGUAAAUAAGCUGAGCAGGAAGAAGAUUGAUAGCAGCUCCGUCAAGUGUCUCAAAGCACUGGAGACGUUAUUCCGCGAAGAUGAGGACGGCAAGCCAACGAUGGAGGCUGUUUCACUACUCUCAAAAAUGAUGAAGGCUCGGGAAUACGAAGUGGACGAGAGCGUCGUCAACCUCUUCCUCAGCCUCCGCCUUCUCUCCGAGUUCGCCGGCAAAGCCUCACAAGACGCAGUCGAGCGAACCGGCACAAUCAGGAAGAAGAAGUGGGAAUACCGCUCCAAGAGAGAGCGAAAGGCCAAGAAGGAGCAAAAGUCUCUCGAGAAGGACAUGGCCGCCGCAGACGCCAUGGUCGACCACGAGGAGCGAGACAAGAUGCAAUCCGAGACGCUGAAGCUCGUCUUCGCAACCUACUUUCGCAUCCUCAAGAUGCGCGCUCCUCAUCUCAUGGGAGCCGUUCUCGAAGGCCUGGCCAAGUACGCCCAUCUCAUCAACCAAGACUUCUUCGGUGACCUACUCGAAGCGCUCAAGGACUUGAUCCGCCACAGCGACGACGACGCCGAUGCCGAUCUCGCCGCCCAAAACGAGGACGAUGACAGCGUCUCCAUGCGAAACCUGACGCGCGAGGCCCUCCUUUGCACCGUCACGGCCUUUGCCCUCCUCGAAGGCCAAGACGCCCACAACUCUCGCAACAAUCUCCACCUCGACCUCACCUACUUCACAACCCACCUCUUCACCUCCCUCCUCAACCUCUCCGUGCACCCGGAUCUCGAACUCACAAAGAUCGCCAACACCACAUCAACCACCUCCAAGAUCAACGUCCAGACAACCACAGUCCUGCUCCUCCGCUCCUUAACCGCCAUCCUGCUGCCCGCCUGGAACGUCCGCUCCGUGCCGCCCCUGAAGCUCGCCGCCUUCACCAAGCAGCUCAUGACGGCCGCUCUACAGCUCCCCGACAAGUCCUGCCAGGCUACACUGGGCCUGCUCAACGACAUGGCGCACACACACGGCAAGAAGAUUGCCAGCUUGUGGAAUACAGAGGAGCGCAAGGGUGAUGGAAAACACAACGCGCUCAGCGACACGGUCGAGGGUAGCAAUCCGUUUGCCGCGACGGUGUGGGAGGGUGAGCUUCUGAAGAAGCACUUUUCGCCCAAGGUUAGAGAAGGGGUGAAGCUGCUAGUAAAGACUUUGCCUUGA